AUGGCAAACACAAGUAGUCCUAUACAUCUGGAAUUGAAAAACUGGUGCAGGGGUGAGGGACUAGAUGUAACCCAUGCCCUCAUGGUUCACAGGGUUCCUGAAGAUACAGAUGUAUCUGAUAUUGAGACCGUGCUGGAAACCGUAAAAUCCUUAGGCAAAGUUAGAGUAAGAGGGAAAAUGUUUGAUGCCACAAACGAAACUGUGAAAGUUUUGUGUGAAUGUCGUGAAGUUGUAGAUCACUCCAGAGUUCCACCUGAAAUUCCAUCACUAACAGAAGGUGAAAUUUGGGGAAUCAUUGUAGCUCAGCCAGACGAAGCUAGUUCAGAUGGGUUUGCACAGAAAUUAGCCCAAUUUCUUCAAGAGGAAGGAAAAACAGUUGAUGAUGUCCACCAAAUGUGGAAUCCCGGAACUUCCUGGAAUAACAACCCAGAAUCUAUCAUACGAGCAGUAGGUGAUGUGCUGCACAAGGCAGCAAAACCUACAGAGAGUCAUAACUAUCGCCGAUUAAGGACCUUCUCAGGUGUUAAUCCAACCCCACAGGGAGAAGAGUGUUUAGACAGCUGGCUUGAACAAGCUAAGUUCAUGACAGAGGAGUACGAGUGCUCAGAAAAGGAAAAGAGACGCAGGUUAAUUGAGAGCCUCAAAGGUCCUGCUUUAGAGAUUAUUCAAGCAGUCCGCUUGUCCAACCCCAAUGCCAGUCAUAUAGAAUAUAUACAGGCAAUAGAAAGCACCUUUGGCACCGCAGAGUCAGGAGAAGAUCUAUAUCUGCAUUUCAGAUCCCUUCAUCAGAGAUCUGGCGAGCGGUUGUCUGAUUUUCUGCGAAAGAUCCCUUUCCAAAGUAAUUCAGAGAGGUGGUCUACCAGUGAGCGAAGCUAA